AUGGCUCCAGCUGUGCCCCGAUUACGCAUUCUCUCAGUGGGCGGUAAUGCCGUCUCAGCCUUCUUAUCGUGGCGACUGCAAGCAACGAAUGCCUGCGACGUCACCCUUGUCUGGAAGUCUGGAUAUGAGAGCGUCGCCCAGUACGGCAUAUCAUUCAAAUCCCAGCUAUAUGGCAAUGAGCGCUUCAAGCCUCAUGCUGUCGUACGCACCCCCGAAGAUGCCGCCCAUUCUUCCAAGCAGCCUUUUGACUACGUCCUCCUCUGCGUAAAAGCCCUACCCGAUGUAUACGAUAUCGCCAACAUCAUCGAUCUAGGCGUCGAAUCAUAUCUCGAGCAGCGUUUCCCCACAAAUGUAGUGCUUUCACUGGUAUCCGGAGCAGAAAUUUCACAGCUUGGAGCUAGCGAGUUCGAACACAAGGGCGCCACCGACAUCUGGGUCGGUCCUGCAAACAAGAACGCAAAUAUUCCCGCCCAGAUUCAGUCAGACAUGGCCCAGGCCCUCUCCAUGACGUUGAGCUCCGGACAGGUCAACUGCCAGGUAUCGCACAAUAUACGACAACAGCAGUACGAGCGAAUGAUAGGUCCAAUCGCUUUCCACCCUGCCAGUGUCGUAUUCGAGACGCCCAACCACGCCGAGUUAAUAGAGAAAGUCGGUGUGCGACCUCUUAUCAAUGGCGUGCUCGACGAAAUGCUCGCUCUUGCAAAGGCCUCAGACUGCACCUUUCCCGAUAACUUUCGGGAAACCACGUUCCAAGAGAUGAUGCGUCCUCAGGAAAAUAACAGUACCAUGUAUAUGGACUUUGAGGCUAAGCGUCCCAUGGAGAUUGAGACCUAUCUCGGGUCUCCUCUAAAGCUUGCCCAAGAGGCCGGCGUCGCCGUGCCCAGGAUUGAGACGCUAUAUGCCACGCUUCAUCACCUCAACAUUGUCAACCGAACUCGUCCCGCUGUCCCAACUGUCCCCUCAACACAGUCACCUCAGAACGGUAUGCAACCGCCCCCAAGAAUGUCAUCGGCGCCGAUGCCUCGUGGACCCCCAGGGCCCAUGAUGAACGGAAAUGGCCCAAUCAAGGGAGGUCCGCGCCCAGGGAGUCGUGCUCCAUCUGUCAACGGAGUCCCCCCAAUGAUGCGCCGGGGCCCACCCCCUGGUCCAAACGGUUACCCUCCAAGAAUGAACGGAAACGGACAACGACGUCCUUCGUUUGGCGAAGACAGCGGCAACCUCGAAGAAUUUUCUCAUUUGAUGCUCUACGACGACAUGGUCCCAGAAGGAGCCAUCAACGGUGGUCCUUACGAGAAGGGAAUUGCAACUAAGAGAGCAGGAGAUGAACAUGCGACCGGACCACCUGGCCCACCGGGUCCAGGAGGCCCUAUGGGACCCAUGGGCCCUGGACCUAUGGGCCGCGGUCGAGGACGCCCGCCGCCCUCCAACGCCGGUUUCGAUGACGACGACGACGAUGGCGAUGACUUCUUCGACCCUAUGGGCGGCCGCAGCGGGCCCAUGAUCGACCCCGAAAACUUUGAUAUGAUGAGCGUAACGUCUCGUCGCAACCGCUCAGCACCUAGCGCCAAGCAGAUUCGCCAGAACCCUGAUGGGGGCUUCAAUCCCAUGCAAUCAAGGGCGCCGAGGAACCCAUUUUCGCGUCCAGGAGCAAAUAAGAAUCGGAGUAGUGCUCGGUUGAUGGCGGACGUUCCUGGUCUACAUGACUCCAUCAUGAACAACCCGCUCAUGGGCUAUUCGUCCGACCGCUACGGAGCUGUUGAUCGUGGAGCCAUGGGCGCACAGUCGAGGACCAACUCACUGACAUCCGCACGCCUAGAUGAGCUUUCAGGUGGCGGUUACGGUGCUUACCCUGCUCCUGUCGCAAACGUUCGUCGUAUGAGCCAGUCACCUGGCAAUCCCCUUAGUCCCGGCCCGCGACCCAUGGGCCGGCCAUCACCACCAAACGGGUAUGCGCCCAACGGUAACGGAAUGCCCCCUCAGAACGGUCGUCCAUCGCCUCCCGGCAUGAGGCAGCCAGCACCACGCCAUCCUCCCGGUAUGGGAAACGCCGUGGCACCACAACAGGUUGAACAACACGCUGGGGUGAGCAAUCUCUACCCGCCCAAGUCUCGUACCCAAGUUCGCAGUCUGACAGGCAGCGCCUCGAAUAGUUCCGGUAAUUUAGACUCCGAAAACUCUGCGCAUAGCAGUCAGAGUAGCCUUGGACCCCGUGCCGCUGUCGGCGUUCAGUAAUAGGAUUAUGUUCGACUUCGAUUUGGCAGCCAUUGGUUUUGAGUAUGUUCGCAUCUUCAUGGGCACUGUUUCAACCACGGCGACAUUGGCAUCUACUGUUUCUCAAUCGACACAUCCUUCUUCUCUGCACAACAGCCAUCAAACAGCAUAGGCGACUUUUUCACCGACUUGAUCGACCUCUUCUCCGAAACGUAUACGCCCCGGCUCAUCACUAGUCCCCGUGCACGCAACCCCAAUCGAGGUGCGGGAGACUAGACGGGCAGCCAGCGGCUUGCUCGGAUGACGGACAUUUAAUGACGAAUAGAAUUGGGGCAGGAAGGAAUACUUUUUGACGUACACAAACCGGCCUUGGUCGUCUUCGGCCGUUGCUUUCGGUUUUCUCUUUUUGUCCUACCGUACAUACUUGUAGAACGCUCUUACUGCGGUAGCAGCCUCUCCUUCUUUCCUUUGACACACGCCUUAAAAGGUGGCAGCCCGCUAAUCAUGUUUCCUUGUUUGCAUGGGUUUAUGCUCGGUGGAGGCAGGGUUAUUUCCGCCUACCACUUGUUUGCUAUACUAUGGAGUUUUCGAUACAUGCACAUGGAUUUUACUUGGUUGUACCGUUGGCAUUCAUCUCUCUCUCUCUCUUUCAUUGUCUCCUUUGUUGCCUCGAGGGCUUAAGCUAUUCACACGUGCCGACUGUAUAACAAGUACAUUUACCUAUUCCAUAGCGAGUAUCGAUUUUGGUGGCUGGAUGGAGGAGCAUUAUCGUAGUCGAGCACACAUAGGCACGCGAGCACAAAAGAAAGCAAGCCGUUCCUUUUGCGACUACUCAACAAAUAGGUCAACAAAUGCGUUGCCCAAGUGGCGUGAAUGUA